AUGGCGCCAACUGCAAAGCCUACUCUCGCACCUCUGAAGACAUCCAAGUCACCCACCUUCCCUUCAGAAUUGCACGAUAGUCCACUUUUCUCUGGGAAAACCGAGUCCAUCAAGCAGGAGGACUUUCUCAGAACCCCUAUCACUCCACCUACGGCUUACACGGACUUCCUCAAAACUGUCACUCCAAUCGUUGCUUCGCCAUCUAGCUCAAAGGACAAGAGCUUCGAUCGUCUAGCCGUCUCCAUAUCUCAUCCCUCUACCGCAACUAGCCCCUACUUCUGCAACUGUUCGAAUUCUUGCCGCAAGUCACCCACUGUGGCAUCGAUCACCUCUUCACCAGUUGCUCUACAUCACCACUACCGCAGCAGUGACAGAGUUCGGAAAACUCCUACUUCUGCAAAACCGCUACGCAUCUCCGCUCCAUCUCCAAAGCUGACCUCUCCCAGCUUUGACUCUCCCCGCUGUUGCUCUGCCAGAUCUCCACUACCUCCUCCAGACUGGAUUACUGAGUCCACCACCCGACAGACUGAGACACCACGAUGCUCAUCUUGUUCGAGGCCUAUCAGUGUUCGCCAUGUCAUUACCAGAACUAUUACCUACAAGCGCACAGCUCUCGAGCCAGCCCCUAAGGGAAAGCGGCGAAAGGCCGACGAAUAA